AUGAAACAAACCUUUUUGGCAGCGUUCAUGGGAGGAAAGAAAUCAACCUCCACGACAUCGUCAAAGAAAGAACAAGGAGAAAAGAGAAAGAGAAAAGAAGAAGAAGAAACAACACCAUCAUCAAUAAAAUCGGAAGAAGUUGCAACGAUUUCAACCAUCCAGAAGACUUCUGAAAGCUCCAUGACACCAAAGAACAACAGUGGUGAUACUCUCACUGAAAUACCAAGUAAAUCAUCAUCAUCAACGAUAAUUCAAGAAGUAAAAAAACGAAAACUCGUGGUGGAGGAUGAAACCGAUCAUCAUGAAGAAGAAGAACAAAUUGUGGCGGAAGAAAAUGAUCAAGACGUGGCAAAUUAUUCCUCCGAUGAAGAAGAGGAGAAUGAAGAGGAAGAUGAAAUUGAAGAAACAGGCGAGGAAACGGAUGCUUCCACCACAUCUUCAUCAUUCAAAGCCUCAACUUCAAAGAAAAUUUCUAAAGCCCCAAGUUUUGAAUAUCAGUCAUAUGACCCGAUUGCGAACGCAACUUGGAAAACAGGAACAAGUACUCCUUAUUUAUUUCUUGCAAAAACUUUGGAUCAAAUUUCUAAAAUUGGUUCCUCUAUUAAGAAGACAGAAUUAUUAUGUAAUUGUUUUAGAAGUAUAAUUGCAGUUUCACCAAAUGACCUACUUUAUGCUGUUUAUCUUUCAAUUAACAAAUUAGCCCCUGCUCAUUUAGGUAUUGAACUGGGCGUUGGAGAAAGUUUGAUUCAGAAGGCGUUGGCUGAAGCAACUGGAAAAUCACUUAAGAAAAUUAAAGAAUUGAGUGCAAAGGAAGGAGAUUUAGGAUUGGUAGCAAACGCUGCAAGAAGUACUCAGAAAACAAUGUUCAAGCCAAAAUCAUUGACUAUUAAGAGCGUUUUUGAUGCAUUCAAGUUCAUUGCAACAACAGAAGGUAAAAAGAGUAUGAACACCAAAGUGGAAAAAAUCAAACUUUUACUAGUUUCAGCUGUCGAUGUUGAACCCAUGUUUAUCAUUAGGUCACUUCAAGGAAAAUUGAGAAUUGGUUUGGGAGAGGAAACUGUGUUGAUUGCUCUUUCUCAUGCUGUUCUUUUAAGCAAAAAAUCGAAAAAAUCUGUGGAUGAGAACGACUUGAAGUUUGCAAAAGAAACUCUAAAAUCUGUAUAUAGUGAAAUACCAAGCUAUGACGACAUUAUUCCUGCCGUUUUAGAACAUGGCUUUGAAAAAUUACCAGAGAUUUGUCAUCUCAAGCCAGGAUUUCCAGUUCGACCCAUGUUGGCAAAGAGCGCAAAAGGAGUUCAAGAACUCUUUGAGAGGUUUGGAGACAAAGAGUUCACAUGUGAAUUUAAAUAUGACGGAGAGAGAGCACAAAUACACAUGCUGCCAGACAAAACUAUCAAGAUUUAUAGUAGAAAUAUGGAAAAUCAUACUGCCAAAUAUCCUGACUUAAUCCAAUUGAUGCCUCAGGUCAUCAAAGAAAAUGUCACUAGCUUUAUCAUUGAUUGUGAGGUAGUUGCCUAUGAUCCUGUUGAAAAGAAGAUCAAACCUUUCCAAGUUCUAAGCACAAGAGGCAGAAAGAAUAUUCAGCUGAAUGAUAUCAAAGUACAAGUAUGCUUGUUUGCCUUCGAUUUAUUGUACCUUAAUGGAGAAUCCUAUUUGAAAAAGACACUCAAAGAACGAAGAAAAGCUCUGCAUGAAAAUUUCACAGUAACAGAUGACAAGUUUCAAUUUGCCUCAAGUAGAGACACCACAGAUCCUAAUGACAUUCAAAUAUUCUUGGAUGAAUCAAUUAAGGGAAAUUGUGAAGGCUUGAUGGUGAAAACACUCACAGAAGAUGCCACCUAUGAACCAUCGAAAAGAUCCUUCAACUGGCUCAAACUCAAGAAGGAUUACAUUGAAGGUCUUGGUGAUUCAGUUGAUUUAGUUGUGAUUGGUGGUUAUAAGGGCAAAGGAAAAAGAACUGGUGUUUAUGGUGGAUUUUUGUUGGCUUGCUAUGACCCUGAAUCUGAUCAAUAUCAAUCUAUUUGUAAGAUUGGAACUGGAUUUUCUGAUGAAAUGCUUAAACAAUGCACUGAAACUAUGGAUCGUUAUAUUAUUCCAAAUCCAAGACCAUACUACGCUUGGAAGGAAAGUCAACGUCCUGAUGUCUGGUUUGAUGCAAAAGUGGUUUGGGAAAUUAAGGCUGCUGACUUGACCAUUUCUCCUGCCCAUAUGGCUGCUGUUGGUCUUGUUGAUGAAUCAAAAGGAAUUGCUUUAAGAUUUCCUCGUUUUAUUCGUGUCAGAGAGGACAAAACACCCGAACAGGCAACGACAGGGGAGCAAAUUGCUGAGCUUUUUAACUCACAAGCAGUCAUUUCCCAAAACAAAAAACAGCAAGCAACUCUGAAACAUUUGUAG